AUGGGUAAAGGUACGGGAAGCUUUGGUAAGAGGAGGAACAAGACACACACACUGUGUGUGAGAUGUGACCGUCGUAGCUUCCACAUCCAGAAGAGCAGGUGCGCCGCUUGUGCCUAUCCUGCUGCUCGGAUCAGGAAAUAUAACUGGAGCAUGAAGGCAAUCCGAAGGAAGACCACUGGAACUGGUCGAAUGAGGUACCUCCGUCAUGCUGCUGUCAGGUUCAAGAGCAAUUUCAGAGAGGGUACUGAAGCAACUCCGAGAAAGAAGGGUGCUGCAGCAGCUUCACAAGAUCCGAGUGGCCCAACUCAACCGAGAUCUAUGCGAUUUAAGCAGGACUGCAUGAACUCGUUCGGCUUUGCAGCAUGGCUGCGCGGCUCAUCAUGCCUCAAAUUUCUUCCUUUUCUUCGUCUUUUUCCCGCAGGUAAAGCUCCGAAUGCCUGGCCCAGAGCUCAAGAAGUGUAG